UCCUCCGCCCUCCCCCGCAGCGCCGUGCGCCGUCUGCUCAAGGAGCUCGACACCUGGACCACCAUCGAGUCGCCUACCGAGCAAGGCAUCGAGCGCCUGGGCCCCGCUGGCGACGGCGAGGACCUUCUCAGAUGGGAAGCGGUGAUCAAUGGCCGGGGGGUCGGGUGCGGGUAUGAGAACGGCCGCUGGCUCCUCCAGAUCACCAUCCCCCCGACCUACCCGCUCCACCCGCCGCAGAUGCGCUUCGCGACGCCGAUCGUGCACGCCAACGUGGCGCUGCAGACGGGCGAGAUCUGCCUGGACCUGCUCAAGGACGCCUGGACGCCGGCCUACAGCGUGCUCGAGUGCGUGCGCGCCGUGCGCAUGCUGCUGAGCGCGCCCGGCAUCGACUCGCCGCUCAACGUGGACGUCGCCGCGCUGCUGCGCGACGGGGACGCGCUCGGCGCGAGGAGGCUGGUUGAGCUGUGGGUGGAGGAG